AUCUGCAAUUAAAGUAAUCUGCAAUAUCUGCCACACUUGCAAAUUGGCAAGAAGUCAGGACGAAGUGGGCAAGGAAUGCAAGGAAUGCAAGCUAGGUACUAGGUGCAAGGGCAUCAGGGAUUGCUUGUCGCCUCCGCAAGCUUCAAAUGCAUAGGACCAGGUGGUGAGGACAGACUGAAGCGAUGUGAAGCGAUGGAUAUCCCAGGGGUUUAGAGGAAAUGGCGUGGAGGAGGUUGCACAGUAGCUUGGAUGAAAUCUUAAAAGCUUGAAGGCCAGAGCUUGUCCAUUACUGGUAAACUUCCAGUGCGGUUGAAGCUUGUCGAAGAUUCUGGUUCAAAGCGUCUCAAAGCGUCAGCUAAGGAGUUCGUCGUCAAGGCAUUGAUCAGCAACGAUGCACGUCACUUUGCCAUUCUGAUAGCAAUAGCUCGCUGCUGAUCUCUUCUAAUGCAAGGCCUACUCAACCUGUGAAUCAGAUUGAAGUCCAAUGGAGAAGCUGCCAGCGUCUGCUGACAGGCUGGCUGCUUUGAUGCCCUCCCUUCCAUCAGCAAGCAGGUUCACCACCAGCACAACCAAUGGCACAGCCAAUGACAGCUCUUCCGUAGGUAGACCUUCCGCAGACAAUGAAGACAGUGCGAUCAGGAAUGCAUCACAAGGCUCACUGGCCACAACUCCACCCCCCACGCCUGACACCACACCGCGUGUCACCUCCCCCACCUCCAUUGCUGCAGAGAACCGGAGUCGCGCGCAGCUUGCGGCAGAGCUCUCAAAAGUAGAACUGUUGAGGGCUGCCGCACGUGGCCCGGGGAAGCCAAAUGCACGAGGGAUUACCGGGCAGACCAGCACUGCGGCUGCUCCAACCAAAGCCCCGGGAGGGUCGACGCCCUCAGAUGCUGGUUCGAUAGCAGCAAGGAAAGACCAGAGAGAUCUGCAACAGACGGUUGGCCAGGCAAGGCAGCCACCAGCGGAUGACCACUUUGGAAGACUGAUUCCUGGUGUUACCUACCCUGCAAGUGUAGCCUGGGAUGAGCAGCGUCCCUAUCUGACUGGAGACUUUCUGGAGGCGUCAAGCAGCGGUUCCAGAACAGCGCAGGAAGGAAAGCGAUCAGUCUUAGGGACAGGGAAGUCCGGAGUUGGCAAGUACUCAUCAGCAGUUCAGGAGCUGCUUCUGAUAGAUGACUUGCUGUAUGCGAUGGGCGGAGCUGACGGGGAAUAUGUGCAGGCCAGGCCCAAAGCAGGCAAGUUGGGAGAGGUGGUCUUCAACCUUGAUGAGAGCAUGGAUCUCUCGCUGCGGGAGUUGGCUAAGCGCAUCCUGCCCCUUUGCGAGAGCUACCACCUGAUCGCCCACUUUGUGGAGGUCCGAUGGCACUACAAGCAUGGCCUGGUCAGCCAUGCGCUGGCAGCCGCGCUGAGAGGCCUGCUGCAGGACUACCUGAUCAUGGUGGCGCAGCUCGAGCACCAGUUCCGCCUGGGGAAGCUCUCCAUGCAGGGCCUGCUGUUCUACAGCCAGCCAAUGAUGGAUGCGUUGGGCAUGCUGGCUUCCGUUGUGAAGACAGCAUUGGAAGACCGUCUGUAUGGAGCUGGCCUUCUGAACCUGCUCCAGAACAAGGCUUCCGCACUGGCUGGGGACAAAGCGGCUCGAGCCCUCCUGCAGAAGCUGGUGCAAGAUGCUCGCGCCCCGUACUUCCGCAUUCUGGAGAGGUGGGUGUAUGGUGGCGAGAUCGACGAUCCGUAUGAGGAGUUCCUGAUCCAGGAGAAGAAAGAUUUCAAGAAGGAGGGCCUCCGAGACGACUACCGCGCGGGCUUUUGGCGGGAGCACUACGUGCUGCGCAGCGAGAUCCCCGCCUUCCUGGCAGCCACGGCCGAGACCAUCCGCACCACCGGGAAGUAUCUGAACGCCAUCCGGGAGUGCGGAGAGCAGAUCAAGGGUCCGGAUGCUGGCGAAGAUACGCGGCUGCACGCACUAGCGGACAGAGUCUUCCUGGAGCGGAUCAACCUGGCGCACAUGCGCGCAAGCCAGCAGCUGCUGGAUGUGCUCUUGCAGAAGGAGAACCUGAUGGGGCGGCUGCGAUCAAUGAAGCACUACUUUCUCCUCGAUCAAGGGGACUUCCUGGUCCACUUCAUGGACAUUGCGCGCGACGAGCUGCGGCUGCGCCCCGCCCAGAUCUCGGUGGAGAAGCUGCAGUCGCUGCUGGAGCUGGCGCUGCGCACCUCCGUCUGCUCCGCCGACCCCUUCCACGAGGACCUCACCUGCGACGUGGAGCGCCAGCAACUCAUAUCGCAGUUGCACAGCUCUCUGAGGUCCGGACCCGACGGGCGGCCCGUCCUUGACUUCACAUCCCUCGCUGAACCCGGGCCUUCCGAAGGGGCUCCCAUCAACAUAAGCGGGCUGGACACAUUCACCCUCGACUACAAGGUCCGGUGGCCCCUGACGCUGGUCAUCUCCCGGCGCGCUCUGACCAAGUACCAGUUCAUCUUCCGGCACCUCUUCCACUGCAAGCACGUCGAGCGGCAGCUGUGCCAGACGUGGCAGGUCCAUCAGACCAUGCGGGGCUUGAUGGGCUUCACCCUGAUGCAGCCGUCGUACUUCCUCUGCCAACGGAUGCUGCACUUCAUUCAGACCUAUCAGCACUACAUGACCUUCGAGGUCCUGGAACCGAAGUGGGCCACUUUCGAGUCAAAGGUUGCCACGGCCAAGACCGUUGACGAGGUCAUUGCGCUCCACGACGAGUUUCAGGACUCCUCGCUGAAGGAAUGCAUGCUCUUCUGGCCCCAGAUCCUCAAGCGUGUGGAGAAGGUGAAGAGGGCCUGCAUCUUUUACUGUAUGGUCACCCAGAACCUUGUUCCGGCGGUGUCGCUUCCAGACGACGACGACGAGGCGGAGCGGGGCAGCGCCUCAGGGCCGCCCUCCCGCAGACCGUCCGUCAAUAGCGCGUCUUCUGGAGGCGCAUACGCAGACUUCCGCGAGCAACACAAGCUGCGGCGAGAGCUUGCCAUUCAACACGCGUUGCAGGCUGCAGAGGACUCAGGCAUCGAAGCAAAGAUUCAAGAAGCGGAGACGGCCUUCAACAGGGAUAUGAUGGAUCUAGUAGUGGUGUUGAACUCGGCAUCUCAAGACGAGCCGUACUGUGCCCACCUAGCGCAGAGGUUGCAGGGCGUCGGGCAAGGGAUCGCCGAGUUUGGAAUGAUAUGAUUUGCUGGAAGAUUUCUGACAGAGGAGCCUUCCACAGUAGUACCAGUCCCUGAAACAGACUGCAGCCAGCUGUUAUUUGAGUUGCCUCGCCAUGUGCUUAUGAGUCUCUAUCUACGUACAGUCAGGUUUGAACCCUCGGUGUUUAUUACAUCGUUCGACACGUAACAUUGUCCUCGGCUAUGGUGGUUCCAUUAGUGCAAGCACCUGGCCGACCAACAAGUGCUCCUACUAUUCGCCUCAAGCCCGAUGUUCAAAGCCCCUUGCCGUCAGCUGAA